GCUUGUGCAGACACAUGUCGGAGGCUUGCAAAGUCCCGGCGUCUCCCGGAGCCGUCGCAGCUGGGAGGUUUAGGCUGCUGGGCGGACUGCCGUCGGGGGGACGAUCCUUUGGCUUCCCUGUUGGCCGAGUGCCCUGAGGGCGCCACCCACCCAGCGACCCCCGCCGCCUUUGCAGCGCCCCCAUGGCCGAAGAGAAGCCCCCCCUGACGGUGGUGACCUGCACGGCCCCGGUCAACAUCGCGGUGAUCAAAUACUGGGGAAAACGUGACGAAGACCUGAUCUUGCCCAUUAAUUCCUCCCUCAGUGUCACCCUGCACCAGGAUCAGCUCAAAACCACCACGACAGCGGCCAUCAGCCGGGACUUCAAAGAGGACCGCCUCUGGCUCAACGGGAAAGAGGAUGAUAUUGGGCACCCCCGUCUCCAGUCUUGCCUGCGGGAGAUGCGCCGACUGGCUAGGAAGCGCCGGGGGGGCAACGGCAGCAGCAGCAGUAGUGACCCCCCUCCCCUCAGUCUUGCCUGCAAGGUCCACAUGGCUUCGGAGAACAACUUCCCGACGGCAGCCGGGCUGGCUUCCUCGGCAGCUGGCUACGCCUGCCUGGUCUAUGCCCUGGCCAAGCUGUACGGCGUGGAGGGGGAGCUCUCCGAAGUGGCCCGCCAAGGCUCAGGAAGCGCCUGCCGGAGUAUGUUUGGAGGCUUUGUGCAGUGGACGAUGGGGGAAAGAGACGACGGCAAGGACAGUGUCGCCCAGCAGGUGGCGCCGGAGACGCACUGGCCCGAGCUGAGGGUCCUGAUCCUGGUGGUGAGUGCGGAGAAGAAGCCAGUGGGGAGCACGGCUGGGAUGCAGACCAGCGUGGAGACCAGCCGGCUGUUGAAGCACCGUGCAGAGGCCGUGGUUCCAGAGCGCAUGGCGCAAAUGGCCCGACACAUCCAGCGGUGUGACUUUGAGGCGUUUGCGGAGCUCACGAUGAAAGACAGCAACCAGUUCCACGCCACCUGCCUGGACACCUUUCCGCCCAUUUUCUACCUCAAUGACGUCUCCAAGCAAGUGAUCUCCCUGGUGCACCGUUUCAACGCACACCACGGCAAAACCAAGGUGGGCUAUACCUUCGACGCCGGCCCGAAUGCGGUUCUCUUUGCUCUGGAAGACACGGUGGGUGAGCUUGUCGAGGUGAUCAAGCGCAGCUUCCCUCCGGAGGACAACGGAGGCCCGUUCCUGAAAGGCCUGCCGGUGCAGGGAGCCUCUCUUUCAGAUGAGCUUCUCACAGCCGUGGUGAGAGAUCCGGUGCCGGGAGUGAUCCAGUACUUGCUGCACACGAAGGUGAGGCCGGGGGCCCCUGGGGUGACUGAUGACAACGCUGAGUCUUUGCCACUCCUCUUUACACCUGGCUGA